GGGGAAGUAGUAGGCACUGUGAGAGCAGUCUGGCAAGUGGCGCCCCAGGCAGAAAUUAAGCAACUCUGGCUUAUUGAAGUCAGACUCCAACGUCAGUGCCUUCAGUUUUACUAAACUUGAAUCACCAUGCGCCCUGUGCUCGGCUACUGGAAAACUCGCUGUCUCGCUCAGCCCAUUCGCCUCCUACUGGCGUACAAGAGGGUAAAUUACGAAGACAAGCAGUACGAGACAGGAGACCCUCCGGAGUACGACAAGACGUGCUGGUUCUCCGUCAAGUUCAAUCUCGGCCUUGACUUCCCAAAUCUUCCUUACUACAUAGACGGCGACGUGAAGCUCAGUCAGACCCUCGCUAUUCUCCGCUACCUCGGCCGCAAGUAUGGCCUGGAGGGGAAGACAGAGGAGCAGAUGAGGCGAAUCGACAUCUUAGUGAACGAUGCAAUGGAUUUUGAGAUGCAGUUCGUGGAUGUCGUCUAUUACCAUUACGACCGGAAGCCAGAGUACUUGAAAAAACUACCUGAAAAGAUUAAAGAAUAUUCAGAUUUCCUUGGUCAUCAUUCUUGGUUUGCCGGAGAAGAGUUGACAUUCGCGGAUUUCCUGAUUUACGAAUUCCUAGAUCAACACCGUGUCGUUUUUCCCUCUUGUCUGGACGCCAUCCCGCCCCUGCAACGCUUCAUGACUCGAUUUGAAAGUCUGGAAUCUAUCCGCGAGUACAUGGCAGGUCCCACCUUCAUGACGGCGCCGCUUUUCAGUAAGUAUUCCGCUUAUGAGAUCGAGCAGCGGGCGAAGAAAAUGACUUGAGGAAGGGACGAAGUAAAGCAGUAAUUCCAGCGUAGAAAUGACGAUAGUGAAGGAAGAGCUACGAGGAGGUGAAGGAGAAAAGAAGGCUUUUCCUUAAUCUCUCUGUGCACUACAGCUGGGUAUCAUCACAAAGCACAUAAAAAGAUUCCCCAAAGAGAGUUUCUGUUUCAUUAAUAAACAGUGUAUUAAACUG